CCAUCGCGUCUGCUCCUUCGCUCUCUGUGCCUUCAGUCUAGUCUCUUUCAAUUUCAUCAUUCUAGCGGGUGGUUUUAGUCUCUUGUGCCUCCCCUUGCGACGAGAGUGGAUCCGUGUCUACCUGUGCGCUUCGUGCGUGAAUCUUCCGGCAUUUUUCCAUGCCAGCGCCCUAGCGGUGAAUGGAUAGAAUGCCUCAAAGAUGGACGGCCGGCUUGUGGUUACUGAUCGUACCCCUCACCUGCUUAUCCCUUUCAAACGAUGAUGGCCGAAUCCAUUAUGGCUACGAGAAGCAAAGAUACGACGGCUGGUACAAUAACCUCGCUCAUCCGACAUGGGGAGCUGUCGAAAGCAGGUUGACAAGGAAGACGCCGCCAUCGUACGGCGAUGGAGUUUACAUGAUGGCAGGAGAGGGCCGACCCAGUCCCAGGAUGCUGAGCCAGAUCUUCAUGAAAGGCGAAGACGGCAUGGGUUCGGGCCUCAACCGAACUGCCCUUCUCGUAUUCUUCGGUCAAUUGGUGUCGUCGGAGAUUCUGAUGGCGAGCGAGCCGGGAUGCCCGAUCGAGCUGCAGAGGAUCCCGAUCGAGAAGUGCGACGAGAUGUACGACAAGGACUGCCAGGGGGAUCAGUGGAUGCCGUUCCACCGGGCCUGGUACGACGACAGGACCGGCCAGAGCCCCAAUUGCCCGCGAGAACAGAUGAACGCAAUGACGAGUUGGAUCGACGGGAGCUUCGUGUACAGCACAAGCGAGGCCUGGGCGAACGCGAUGCGGUCGUUCGUGAACGGCACACUCAUGACAUCCAACGAGACGCACCUCCUCCCGCCGAAGAACGAAAAGCGCGUCCCGCUCUUCAACCCCCCCUCGCCCCACAUGCUGAAGCAGAUGCAUCCCGAGCGGCUCUUCCUCUUGGGCGAUGCAAGAACAAACCAGAAUGCGGCGAUCUUGACUAUGGGAAUUCUGUUCUUCCGCUGGCACAAUGUCCUUGCCCAUCGAAUCCAGCAGCAGAAUCCGACGUGGACGGAUGAGGAGAUCUUCCAGCGUGCUCGUCGUCUCGUCAUCGCUUCCCUUCAGAGCAUAAUUGCGAACGAGUUUCUGCCGGCGUUUCUGGGCGAUAACCUAAGGCCGUACGAGGGUUACAAGCCCGACAUUCACCCCGGCGUGACCCACGCCUUCCAGGCGGCUGCCUUCCGCUUCGGUCACUCCAUGGUGCCACCAGGACUCUACCGCAGGGAUGGGGAGUGUAACUUUCAAGGGACCUACACGGGUGAUCCCGCCUAUCGUCUCUGCUCCACUUGGUGGGACGCGAGCCACCUCCUGGAGGAUCCGUCGCUGGUGGAGGAGUUCAUCAUGGGGAUGGCAUCCCAGGUAGCGGAGAAGGAAGACUCCGUUCUCUGCUCCGACGUCCGCGACAAGCUGUUUGGACCCCUCGAAUACUCGCGCAGGGAUCUUGGAGCACUUAAUAUCAUGAGAGGAAGGGACAACGGGCUCUCUGACUACAACACAGUCAGGCAGGGUUUCGGUCUCCCACAGAUCAAGACUUUCGAGGAGAUCAAUCCUGCCAUGGCGGCCAAGCAUCCUGACAUAUUCGAGAAAAUGCGAGACCUGUAUGGAAGCGUGAAUAACAUCGACCUUUACGUGGGAGGGAUGCUGGAGAGCCAAAACGGGCCAGGGCCGCUGUUCAGGAAGAUCAUCAAGGAGCAAUUCGAGCGGAUCCGUGAUGCCGAUCGUUUCUGGUUCGAGAAUGAAGACAAUGGGAUAUUCAGCCAAGAGGAGAUAGAUAAAAUCCGUCAGCUGAGGCUCUACGACGUGAUCUUGAACAGCACGAGCAUCCGUCCGGGUGAAAUCCAGGAGAAAGUCUUCUUUUGGGUGAACGGCGAUCCGUGCCCACAGCCGGCUCAGCUGAAUGCCUCCAUGAUGGCGCCCUGCAACUUCCUGGCCGGCUUCGACUACUUCCACGGCUCGGAGGUGACUUACAUCUACUCGUGCAUCCUGCUGGCAGCCAUCCCGCUGGUUUGCGCGGGGGCGGGCUACGCCGUUGUCAAGCUGCAGAACUCCCGCCGGCGCCGGUUCAAGAUAAAACAGGAAGAGAGCAACCACGGGAAGGCCGUCGACAAGAUGGUGGUGAAGGAGUGGCUGCACCAGAACCAUAAGCGGCAGGUGAAGGUUAAAUUUGGACCCGAAGAAGCGUUCUACACCGUCACGCGGAAGGGAGACAAACUUCGGACAGUCAACUUCAAGGAUGUCGACAGCCUUCAGGUGGAAGUGACGGAAGAUGUGAAGAAGAAACCCAUGAUCCUAGUCAAGGUGCCCAAGGACUACGACCUCGUCUUGGAGUUUGACUCUGUCCAUUCCCGCAAGAAGUUCCUUGCGAAGUUGGAAGGGUUCCUCAGGAGCUACAAGAAGACUCUGCAGACGAAGCCGACGAUCCGAGAGUUGAUGCUGGCCAGCGCCGAGACGAACGAGCGGCGCCGGAAGCGUCUAGAGCAUUUCUUCCGUGAGGCGUACGCCCUCACGUUCGGCCUGAAGCCCGGGGAGAAGCGGAGCCUGGAGAACGUGCCAUGCGACGUCAUCAUGGUCAUGCGGACGUCGCUGUCGAAGGAGGAGUUUGCGGGCGCCCUCGGCAUGAAACCCAACUCCGUCUUCGUCCAGAAGAUGUUCAACAUCGUCGACAAGGACGGGGACGGGCGCAUCUCCUUCCAGGAGUUCCUCGACACCGUCGUGCUCUUCUCGCGGGGCAAGACGGAGGACAAGCUCCACAUCAUCUUCGACAUGUGCGACAACGACAGGAACGGCGUGAUCGACAAGCAGGAACUCUUCGAGAUGCUCUACUCUCUGGUGGAGAUCGCCAAGACGACGUCGCUGCAGGACGAGGAGGUGACGAAACUCAUCAACGGCAUGUUCCACGCUGCCGGCGUCGACCAUAAGGACUAUCUCACGUAUGAGGACUUCAAGCGUCUCAUGAAGGAAUACAAGGGAGACUUUGUGGCGAUCGGUUUGGACUGCAAGGGCGCCAAGCAGAACUUCCUCGAUACCUCCACCAACGUCGCUAGGUUAGCAGUUUUCCCCACUUUUUUUUUUUCUUUUUCGUGUGGCUGUGUAUCUAGCUUCAAUAUCGAUCUUUCCCCUCAAUUCCCUGGAAACCUUUCUCGUCUUCCCCCCAGGAUGACGAGCUUCCGGCUGGACGCCGUGAUGGACGGGCACAAGCACUGGGCCGUGAAGAAGUGGGACGCCCUCACCACGUUCCUGGAGGAGAAUCGGCAGAACAUCUUUUAUCUCUUCGUCUUCUACGUCAUCACCAUCGCGCUGUUCAUCGAGCGCUUUAUCCAUUAUUCGUUCAUGUCGGAGCACACGGACCUGCGGCACAUCAUGGGGGUGGGGAUCGCGAUCACUCGUGGGUCCGCGGCUUCCCUCUCCUUCUGCUACUCUCUCCUCCUCCUGACCAUGUGCCGGAACGUAUUGACGAAACUGAAGGAGUUCUCCAUCCACCAGUUCAUCCCUUUGGAUUCUCACAUCCAGUUCCACAAGAUCGUCGCCUGCACCGCCCUCUUCUUCACCAUGCUGCACACCGUGGGUCACGUAGUGAACUUUUAUCACGUGUCAACACAGCCCGUGGAGCACUUGCGUUGCCUCACGAAGGAGAUGAACUUUUCAUCUGAUUUCCACCCCACCAUUGGAUUCUGGCUUUUCCAAACCAUAACAGGUAUCACUGGAGUGAUCCUGUUCGUCAUUGUGUGCAUCAUCUUCAUCUUUGCCCACCCGGUGAUUCGGAAGAGGGCAUACAAGUUCUUUUGGCUUACCCACAGCCUUUAUGUCCUGCUCUACAUCCUCAGCAUUGUUCAUGGCCUGGCCAGGCUCACUGGAGCCCCCCGUUUCUGGAUGUUUUUCAUUGGACCUGGAAUCAUCUUCACCCUUGAUAAAGUGAUCAGCCUAAGGACUCGUUACAUGGAGAUGGACAUACUGGAGCCAAAACUCCUCCCAUCUGAUGUUCUCAAGAUCAAGUUCUAUCGUCCACCAAACUUCACAUACCUUUCGGGUCAGUUUUACAUCAUUCUUAUUCGGCUUGAGGGGCCAUUUGGGGGAGGGAAUCAAGACUGGUACAAGUUUGAGGUGGCUGUGAUGGUUGGAGGAGGGAUUGGAGUGACCCCAUAUGCCUCCAUUUUAAAUGACCUUGUCUUUGGCACCUCCACCAAUCGCUAUUCAGGAGUUGCCUGCAAAAAGGUUUACUUUUUGUGGAUAUGUCCAAGCCACAGGCAUUUUGAGUGGUUCAUUGAUGUCCUGCGAGAUGUGGAAAGGAAGGAUGUGACCAAUGUCCUCGAGAUCCACAUCUUCAUCACACAGUUCUUCCACAAAUUCGACCUCAGAACUACCAUGCUUUACAUCUGUGAGAACCACUUCCAGCGACUGAGUCGCAGGAGCAUGUUCACAGGCCUGAAGGCCGUGAAUCACUUUGGCCGUCCAGACAUGGCUGCCUUCCUCAAAUUUGUCCAGAAGAAACAUGCCUAUGUGAGUAAAAUUGGUGUGUUCAGUUGUGGCCCACGUCCACUGACAAAGAGCAUUAUGGCCGCUUGCGAGGAGGUGAACAAGGGGCGUAAGCUCCCGUACUUCAUCCAUCACUUCGAGAAUUUCGGUUAAAUCUUUUAAUCUUCAAUAUAAAUAUAAAAACCAUAAAUGAGAAGUAAUGGCUCCUCGAUAUGUGCACACUGUGAGAAUUGUGAUAAAAGUGAGGGCGAGGGUGUCCUAGUGCAAUAAACUCGGUAGAGAGGGAGAUUCUGGCCCUUUUUUUUCUUCAAUUGUGUCUUUCGUCACCUGAGAAAUGCUCAAUGGAAGUUUGAAUAAAGAGGCAGCAGAGCGAGAUGGGAAAGAGAACAAUCCACGUCUGGAAAACACACAAAAAGUUAUUAUGUCUUUCAACAAUGUUCCCAUUUUGAAUGAAGAAACUCAAAAUUCAAGUUACCUGCUGCACAGCAUAAUGAUCCAAGUCUUUCAGCACUGGUUCUCUCCCAUGUUUUUAAUGAAUUUUUUUUGCAUGUAUACAUUGCCAGAAUCCCAUAUUGGGGCCACCCAUUAUAUGUGCUUUCUGUGCCUUCUGUUGUGAACAUGAGACUUUGUAUAGUUUUUAUUUAUUGCCUAAGUUCAUUCCCAUUUUGUCCUUACACAAAAGGAAUGUUCAUCAUUCUGCCAUUCCCAUUUUCGCCAGCUUUCUUCAUCCA